CAGAUCUCGCAGCUUCUCGGCCCUUGCCGACCCGCACGGGUCAGCACUCCGUCCUGAGGUGCCAUGGGCAAGAUGGGCAAGCGUCCAGCUGCCAAGGUGAGCCACUCACGCAAGAAGACCAUCAAGACGAAGGCCAAGGUCAACAAGACCUCCAAGGCUAUGAAGAAAACGUCGAUGCCGAUGCCCAUGAAAGCAAUGAAAGCCAUGAAGGCUGCGACAGCCAUGAAGGCUAUGAAAGUCAUGAAAGCAGUCAAGACACAGGUCAAGCGCUCAAGUUCUUCCUCGACUUCGAAGGCAAUGAAGGCAAUGAAGGCCUCCAAGGCAAUGAAGGCCAUGAAGGCCAUGAAGGCAGCUGGCGCAGCCAAAAAGAAGAAGGGCAACCCCAAGGUAGCUGUGGGUCGCUGGGCCAAGUGGCGCGUUUAUGUUGGAUGGAAAGAGAAGACCGUGGGCCGAUUGAAGAAGCAUAAUUUGAAGACCAACAGACGCGGUCGAGUGGUGUACAAGAAAAUGUCGGAUCAAGCGAAAGAGCGCAUGAAGAAUUCCAAGAUUUCGACCUGGUACCAGAGCGUGAAGGAAGCACGUCAGGUCUUGAAGCUGGUGGGUUUUGUCCCCGUUGGAGGCAAAACUGCGGCUGGUCAGGCCCUUCUGAAACAGACUAAGAUGAUCUACUAUGAACGCGUCUACAACAUCAGCCAGAAGGCCACCAAAGCCAUGCUGCAGAUGAUGCACAGCCCCAGCCCCUCCCCCACCAGUCCGACCAUGGCGGCACCACCGGUCUCACCCGAACUGGUGGAACUUACCUCCCAGCCUGGGACGGCCGAAGGACGAAGGGCAGUGCUCUCCAGCCCCGAACUUGUGGAGCUUACCUCCCAGCCGGGGUCGGCCGAAGGCCCCAUGGCUGCCAUGCUUUCCAGCCCUGAAGCUGAGAAGGUCUCCAAGGGAGAGGUGGAGGGCCGUCAGCGCAAGGAUGAUGUGCUGGUGCUGGGUGGACAAGAAGCGGCUUGAGGGUCUUAAAAUGAGGAGUAUUUGAGGAUUGACUCUAUACAUUGAUUGAUUUGCGACGUUCCCUGCACAAUUCGUGGCCACGUGCAGCAGAGUGGCGCACGGUUGCUCGACUUUUUCAUGACUAAGGAUUUCUUGACUGUAGCUUGGUACAGUGAGCCAUGGCCCCUGAACACAUGUUUGUUUCAGCUACCGGCGCUGUUAACGGACCCGUAGGUUUUGCUGUUUUUCUGCUGUCGCAUUGCCCGUC